UUUACAAGUUGCCACCUAUAUUUUCCGUUUUCUUAAAAAAAUUACGAAGGGCGAAAACAGAUAAUGGCGACGGCAUCGGAGAACGCAAGAGGAGGUGACAAAACGGCGAAGGCAGUCGUCGCCGAUCAGAUAUCGCAGGCUGUUAAUUCUACUGCUAACCUUCUCCAUCUGAUGCGUCAAUCGUCUUCUGCUCAGGCCCAGUUGGCAAAGCUCCCAAAGAAUCUUUUGGCCAAAGCUUCUUUAACUAAGGCCACUGGACAAUCGUUGGCGCAGCUUCCUCAAGUGAUUUCAUCUCUGGAUGCCCAUAUAGAAAGCGGCUUUCGUACUUCCUCCCUCAUGACACACACAUGCUAG